CUCAUCUCCACACGUGAACUAGCACAAUCCCGCUUCAGGCGCAUGUGACGCCAACACCGAUCUCUAAACGACCAAUACGACUGGCGGCCCACGCUAUCUGCAGUCAGAGCCAUGCACGACGUGCCGUUGCAGGCAUAGCGUCCAACAUCCCCCAGCGCAUCCUGCGCAGGUGCCCAACCACUUUGGUAACGUGCUCCAGACGAGUCAAUUUUCACCCCGGUUAGAUUACUAUAUAAACGUGUGGAUCGCUCGCCCUUUUUCUCUUUCUCGAUAGUACUAAUCAUACACACAUCAAACACAAUGGUCCAAUCCUCCAUUUUAGGUUUCCCACGUAUCGGUGGACAAAGAGAGUUGAAGAAGAUCACCGAGUCUUACUGGCAAGGAAAGGUCUCUGCCGACGACUUGUUGGCCAAGGGUAAGGAAUUGAGAGCCCACAACUGGAAGUUGCAAAAGGAAGCUGGCGUGGACAUCAUCCCAUCCAACGACUUCUCUUUCUACGACCAAGUUCUCGAUCUCUCUCUCUUGUUCAACGUGAUCCCAGACAGAUACACCAAGUACGACUUGGCCCCUAUCGACGUCUUGUUCGCCAUGGGUAGAGGUUUGCAAAGAAAGGCCACCGAAACCACUGCUGCUGUUGACGUGACUGCCUUGGAAAUGGUCAAGUGGUUCGACUCCAACUACCACUACGUCAGACCAACUUUCUCUCACUCCACCGAGUUCAAGUUGACUGGUGAAAUCAAGCCAGUGGUUGAAUUCAAGGAGGCCAAGGAAUUGGGCAUCCACACCAGACCUGUCAUUGUCGGUCCUAUCUCCUACUUGUACUUGGGUAAGGCUGACAAGGACUCCCUUGACUUGGACCCAAUCUCCCUCUUGGACAAGGUUCUUCCAGUCUACCAACAAUUGUUGGCUCAAUUGAAGGAAGCUGGUGCCGACCAAGUCCAAAUCGACGAGCCAGUCUUGGUCUUGGACUUGCCUGAAGCUGUCCAAGCCAAGUACCAAGCUGCUUACGAAGCCCUUGUUGGUGACAACUACCCAGAAUUGAUCUUGACUACCUACUUCGGUGACGUCAGACCAAACUUGAAGGCCAUCUCCAAGUUGCCAGUCAGCGGUUUCCACUUUGACUUCGUCAGAGUCCCAGAACAAUUGGACGACGUUGUCUCUAUCUUGUCCAGCAACCAAUCUCUUUCCGUCGGUAUUGUUGAUGGUAGAAACGUCUGGAAGACCAACUUCGCCAAGGCCUCCGACUUCGUCAGCAAGGCCAUUGAAAAGGUUGGCAAGGACAGAGUCGUUGUCUCCACUUCUUCCUCCUUGUUGCACACUCCAGUCGACUUGGUCUCCGAAAAGAAGUUGGACCCAGUCAUCAAGGACUGGUUCUCUUUCGCCACCCAAAAGUUGGACGAAGUUGUCAUUCUCGCCAAGAACGCUUCCGGUGAAGAUGUCUCUGAAGCUUUGGCCGCCAACGCUGCCUCCAUCAAGUCUAGAACCGAAUCUUCUAUCACCACUAACCCUAAGGUUCAAGAAAGAUUGGCCACCAUCACCGAAUCCUUGUCCACCAGAAAGGCUCCUUUCCCAGAAAGAUUGGCCGUUCAAAAGGAAAAGUACAACUUGCCAUUGUUCCCAACCACCACCAUUGGUUCUUUCCCACAAACCAAGGACAUCAGAGUCAACAGAAACAAGUUUGCUAAGGGUGAAAUCACUGCUCAAGAAUACGAAACCUUCAUCAACAAGGAAAUCGAGACCGUCGUUAGAUUCCAAGAAGAAGUUGGUUUGGAUGUCUUGGUCCACGGUGAGCCAGAAAGAAACGAUAUGGUCCAAUACUUCGGUGAACAAUUGGAUGGUUUCGCUUUCACCACCAACGGUUGGGUUCAAUCCUACGGUUCCAGAUACGUCAGACCACCUGUGGUUGUCGGUGAUGUCUCCAGACCAAAGGCUAUGACUGUCAAGGAAUCUGUCUACGCUCAAUCCAUCACCAAGUCCCCAAUGAAGGGUAUGUUGACUGGUCCAGUCACUUGUUUGAGAUGGUCUUUCCCAAGAGACGACGUUUCUGGUAAGGUCCAAGCCUUGCAAUUGGGUUUGGCCUUGAGAGACGAAGUCCAAGACUUGGAAGCUGCCGGUAUCACCGUCAUUCAAGUCGAUGAACCAGCCAUCAGAGAAGGUUUGCCAUUGAGAGCUGGUAAGGAAAGAUCUGACUACUUGAACUGGGCUGCUCAAUCUUUCAGAGUUGCCACUUCUGGUGUCGACAACUCCACUCAAAUCCACUCUCACUUCUGUUACUCCGACUUGGAUCCAAACCACAUUAAGGCCUUGGACGCCGAUGUUGUUUCCAUCGAAUUCUCCAAGAAGGACGACCCUAACUACAUUCAAGAGUUCUCCAACUACCCUAACCACAUUGGUUUAGGUUUGUUCGACAUUCACUCUCCAAGAAUUCCAUCAACUGCUGAAUUCAUUGCUAGAGUCGAAGAAAUCUUGAAGGUCUACCCAGCUGCCAACUUCUGGGUCAACCCAGAUUGUGGUUUGAAGACCAGAGGAUGGGCUGAAGUCAAGGAGUCUUUGACCCACAUGGUUGAGGCCGCCAAGCACUUCCGUGCUAAGUACUAAAGAUCCUGAGUGAUCUUUUGCAUUCUUCAAUUCUUCAAUUGUUGAUGAUGCUAUAUCCUGCGAUUACAUUUAUUCAACAUUAAUGUAAUUUUUACGUUUAAUUUACUGUGAUUUUUUUAUUUUCAGUCAUGUCUGUUUGGACUGCAAGUUUACUUGCAGCUUCAUGGUUAUUGUCUUAUUACUGUAUUUAGUGGACUUGACGCUUGUCGUCGAGUCCAAGAAGGGGUUUAAAAUUUUGGGAUUUCAACAUCGGUUAAUAAUAUUCAGAAUAU